CCUCUUUUCCCUUUCAAGAAAUCCUUUUGAAGGCUGCACGGUGCCCGUACCUGUCCGUCCUCCCACCUUCCCCCGUUUGGAAAGCUAGACCCAACCUCUUCUCCCCUUUCCCCUCCCCGCCCGUUCAGUUUUUUUUUAACCCUUCGGUGGUUUGUUCCCGCAGAAGAGCCCGUGCUACCACCUCACUAUCCUCUUUUCACUCAAGACCUGCAGUCGCUGAGGGCCUGCCCGAUCAAGUCGAGGGUUCCCCUACCUGGACCUGCCUGAUUUUCCCGCCCGAGAGCGUGUGCACACGCCGUGAUACCAAAACGUCCAUUUCGUUUUGCACGGCUUCCUGGCACAUUUUUCUCUUUUCGGCCUGUGCAGCCCUCUUUUUUCUUUUUCUUCUUCUGGCCAUCGCCUUCCCGUCCUCUCUCUCCUACCCACGACCAAUCUGCACACAACCACGUUUCCGUCGACUGUCACGCUGUCGGGUGGACCAGCCGCAUCAAAUCCCUCGACCCGGCCCUACCGCCUGCCUAACCCGCCGCUUGCCUUUCCUAAAGCGGCCUGCCUUAGGCUUGUAAGCUUGCCAAAGGGUCCCGCGUAUCUAGUCUUCUCUAACAUCUUUUUGACGUGUGUCUCCUCCAGAGGCGUUUGUGGAGGCUCUCUCCCUCGCACAAGCAAGUCCCGAAGCCAGACAAUUGAGCUGGUGUGCACUUCGUCGCCAGCCUCGGUGUUUUUUCUCUGCUUUGGUGCUUUGCAUACCCUGCCCUGCCCUGCCUUUUUGAUUUGAUUUUAUUCCUAUUUCGGAUCACCUUUUUCUGGACCCUGUCCUGCCUGUUUCGGAAGCGACUGCAUUUUGGCAAUCGUCUCCAUAGGUUCAUUGUCGCCGCAGCACACGAGCGCGCAUCGCAGCAAUCGCCAGGCACCCAAAACAGUCUGGGGCAAAUAAGGAGCCGCCCCCAGUUUUUUUUUCUCUUGUCGCGUUCCCGUCCCGGCGGGCACACACCAGACUCGAUAUAGCAAGCAGGCCAGCCCAGUCCCGUCGCCAGCACCCAACCAGGUUUCUGCGCGACAAUCAGGCAACUCCAACCCGAACCACACUCUCCGCAAAAAGGGCCAGAUCCAGUAUAGGUCAUCGGCGGAACAACCUCGAAACAGCAUAUUCGUCCGCCCCUUCACCCACAUCAGCCCUUUUGGUUUGGCAGCUGCCUCGGUUCCCACAAUGGCCGACAUCACAGACCAACACGAGCAGACCUCCCCCACGGAGCUCGGCGACGACGCGCAUUCUGCAGGCAACGGCAACGCGCCUGCCGGAGAGAGCCGAGGCGUCAAGCGCCAGCGUGCCAGCGCCGCCGACGACGAUGAUGAGGAUGACGAGAAGGGCGGUCGCGAGAGAAGGAAGAUUGAGAUCAAGUUUAUUAAUGACAAGUCGCGUCGUCACAUCACCUUCUCCAAGCGCAAGGCAGGAAUCAUGAAAAAGGCCUACGAGCUGUCCGUCCUUACCGGAACACAGGUUCUCCUUCUCGUCGUCUCCGAGACCGGCCUAGUCUACACAUUUACGACGCCCAAGCUGCAGCCAUUGGUCACGAAAGCUGAGGGCAAAAACUUGAUCCAGGCAUGCCUCAAUGCGCCCGAGCCGGCUCCCGGUAACGAGAACGGCGUUGAUGAUGGCCAAAUGGACUCGCCAGAGGAGGCACCCAGCGCCAAUAUGCCGCAGCAGGCCCCGAGGCCACCGGGAAUGUCGCAGCACCCGCACGGCAUGCCUCAGUACAAUAUGCCUCCCGGCAUGGACCCCAUGGGAGGGUAUCAGCCCUAUGUCCAGGGUAGUACGCAAUACAGGAUGCCACAGUCGGGCAUGCCGCAGCACACCUCGCACCAGUCAUAGGGUCCGGGGUGCGCCGGCUGAUCUGUCUGCUCCCAGCCGCGGACGUCGUUUGCCUUCAGCAUCGAUUACUAUACCGAUACCCCUUGCAUCUAAUGCAUCCUCCAAGGACCUGAUGUAGCCCUACAUGUUUCCGAGCCUUUUUGUCAACUACACCACAUUCACCCCCAUCAUUACUCCACCCAUAAUCACUCGUUCCCAGUGCAGUGCGAUCAACCAACCAAGCGCAGACGGUUGGUCACCUUGGAUUGGGUGGCUGCUUGCUAUAGCCCCAAUCUUCUCUUUCCCUCUGUACCCACCUACGGUGGCAGAUUCCAGCCUUGUCUCCUCCAACGCUGCGAGUUGGGCAGAGACUCGGUCGGCCUGGCUAGCGAUCGUGCCAAUCAAGAGUCUCGACACGCCGACUCUUGGUCAAACAAUACUUUCGCGCGCCGACCUGCAGAGAGGAAAGGACACCCUCGAUUUUUCUUCUCUUGGAAGACGACUUCGCACCCCACGGCACCCUUUCUUUUUGCAUGGGUCGCCGACGCCAUUAGCACGGGCUAAUCCAUCAACGCGAACCGGUCCUCUGGGGAUAACCACUCGAACGUCGUCAUGCCGGCCAAGUCAAGACAUAACGAACAGGUGUUCUGGUCUACGAAAAACACGAGAAAAAAAAGCCCUUUGCGCUUCAACGGUAGGAUGGGGGUCAUGUUCGACCCUUGUUUUCUUUUGCACUUUUUUUCCUUUUAUUUUCCCUUGCUUUGAACCUUAGUCUCCUGGAUUGGGCGCCGGGUAGAAAGAGGAAAUAGCUGUGGUUGAUGAUUUCGGAAUGCCCUCCAGCUUUUCAAUUUCUUGCAGUUUCGCGGUGUUUCUCUGAUGCCGAGGCAGCAAAGAAAUACACGGCUUGGAGUUGAGGGGGAUAAUGGGGUCGCAGGCAUCGCGUAUUCAUUCCAUGGUUAUCAUGACGGGAUGAUGAUGACCCCCUCUGGGGAGGCUCGGUCGGAUGGGCGUUUGGAGAAGGAUGGAUUAUUGGCCGAUAUCAGAGAGAUGCCACCUGCAUCGUUCAUUUCAGGUUCGGACAAGGCUGGCGUUCUGCCUCGACACUUGCGGACCGCACGUCAGUCACGACGUUGUCGUUCUGGGGUACCCGAGAAAGACCACGCUACCAUGCUGGACCUGAGGAUCGUCUGGGAGUUUAUCAAGUCGGGCUGCCGAGGAGGAUGGACACAAUGCGUCAGGUUUUCAUGAGACGCAAGCCUGAGGAGGCGGCCGCGCAUGCGAGUUAUCUGUUGGCAGCCUGUGGUGAGACCGGGGUUCAGAAAAAA